CAUCAUGGCGGCUCCGAGCAGACGACAAGUGCUGAGGUUUAUCGCUCAGUGCGGAGCUUUCAUUCUGACCCGGUUCGGGUUCUGGAACUGCUUUAGCAUGCUCAUGCUGUUUGCUGAGCGAGCCGAUGUGAAGAGGAAGCCGGAUAUCCAGGUGCCGUACUUGUACUUUGACAUGGCAGCGGCGGUGUUGUGUUCGAGUUUCAUGUCGUUCGGAGUGAAGAGGAGAUGGUUCGCUCUCUGUGCCGCAAUCCAGCUGGCUUUGAGCACGUAUGCCUCGUACAUCGGCGGGCAAGUCCAUUACGGAGACUGGUUAAAGGUGAGGAUGUACUCGAGGGCCUUGGCUGUUAUUGGAGCUUUCCUAGUGCUGGCCAGCGGAGCAGGAGAAGCGUACAGGCAGAAACCACGCACUCGCUCACUUCAGUCCACUGGCCAGGUCUUCUUAGGGAUCUAUUUAAUUUGUUUGGUGUACUCUCUGCAGCACAGUCAGGAGGACAGAUUGGCGUUUUUGGACCACAUCCCCGGUGGCGAGAUCACCGUUCAGCUCCUGGUCAUUCUCUUUGGCGUCCUCGCUCUCUCCUUCCUCUCAGGGUACUACAUACGUUUGGCGUCACAGAUCUUAGCCGUGCUGCUCCCGCUGAUCAUUCUGUUCAUCGACGGAAACCUGGGCUACUGGCACCACACGCGCCGCGUCGAGUUCUGGAACCAAAUGAAGCUGAUUGGACACAAUGUGGCCAUCUUCGGAGCCGUGCUCAUCCUUGGGACGGACGGAUAAAAGGCACAGGGACGCGUUGAACGGCAGCUUAGCACAAGUAGUGGACAAUAGCUACAUCCAUCACGCGACACUGGCAUCAUAUACUGAAGAGACGUGGGGUGUUCAAGUCAAACCGGGACUUUUAAUUGUGCAGUAUAUCAAAUACGGUUAUGAGGGUAAAAAAAAACUUCCCUAAUUUGUCUAUAUAAUCCCAUGAUACACGAAUGCACUUAUCCUAGCAUUUCACUAGUGCUUGGAUACCAUCAAGGUAGAAAGUUUUAUCAAUACUCCAGAGCCAUGACCGGACUGCCUGUCUGAUUCACGUCUGAAACGCCGGCUUCCAUGGAACUCCAUUAACGGCUCAAACUUGUGGAAAUGGCUUGGAACGAGGUCAGGACCGUAUGGCGUAACCUGCAAGUGGUGGUGGUGAAUAAUUGUGUGUACAGUUCCCACAGACAGAGUCUCCGUACUGUGCUUGUUUUCUGCAAAAAAGUCCCGGUUUGACUCAAAUACCUCUCCUACAUACUGGAAUGCUACACACACACACAGUUUUUGUUUUUUUAGAUCAUGAUCAUGUUGCCUGUUUCUCAGGGGUGAAUUCAUAUUCGUUGUUCGAGGCAUUGACAGGCAAAUUAUUUAUAAAAUUUAGUUGUAUAAUACAGAAAGAGACUUCACCUUCACUUGCUUGUCCAGUUUGAUUUUUUAAGUGGCUGUUUACAUUUCUUUGCUUUUUGUAAAUGUAAUAUUUUCUACAGGUCUUAGGAUUGUUGGAUUGUUAAUUCAAGCCUGUUAAAAGUCCGUUUCUGAUGCUGUAUAAUGUGAUUUUAAAAAAGGGGAUUUUUUUUUUGUUAGCCGCUUUAAGCAAGUCCAAGACUCCUCCAUCACUGGCAGCUUCUAACACUACACUCUCUAAAUAAAAUAUUACAUAAUUGUUUUAAUAAACUAUAAGGUUU